CUCGAGCGUGCUCCGCUCGCUAGUUCACCUCGACAUCCUCCUCGACAUGCUCAGGCUGUGGGCUUCACGUCAAUGUCCUCGAAUAUCCUCAUGUAGAACGUUGCAUUCGACAAUAGCAAGCAAUGCCUCUGCUUCAACGGAACAAAAGCCGCAGACUGAAGCGCGGUGGACACCGUUCUCCGUCAGGACAGGCGUGAUUGCCCGUAAACGCGGCAUGAUGUCUAUGUGGGACGACCACGGUGCCCGGUUCCCGGUGACGGUCCUCCAGCUUGAGAAUUGUCAAGUCACGGCGAACAUCAAGAACGUGAAGAAGGACAAGACAGAGUACCACGCAGUGCAAGUCGGUGCCUCGGACAAGCGCGAAAAGACGACUACAAGACAGAUGUUGGGGCACUUUAAUAAGGCUGGCGUUCCUCCGAAGCAGAUUGUGAAAGAAUUCCCGGUGACACCUGAUGCGCAUCUCCCCGUUGGGACAACACUAUCUGCCAUCCACUUUGUACCGGGACAAAAUGUCGACGUUACCGCCAACUCGGUCGGAAAGGGUUUCCAGGGUGUUAUGAAGAGGUGGGGCUACCAUGGCCAGAGUGCAUCUCAUGGUACUUCACUCGCGCACCGGUCCGCUGGUGCUACUGGUGCACACCAGGACCCCGGCCGUGUGUGGCCGGGCAAGAAGAUGGCGGGUCACAUGGGUAAUAGGCGCGUUACGAAGCAGAACCUGUCUGUGGUGCGUGUCGACUCCGCGCUGGACUUGAUCUUCGUGAAGGGCAAUGUGCCCGGAGUGGAUGACGCACAGGUCAUGCUAAGGGAUUCGAAAAAGAUGGUCCAAAAGGCCCGCGUGGCACAUGCAAAGGGUGUGGAGGAGAAGAUUCUCCCGAAGGGCGUCGACGCACUACCAUUUCCCGCAGGCACUAAGGAGAUGACGCAGCAUCUUCCACCUGUCAUUGAGGCACCUACUCAUCAUAGGAGCCCCUUCCUUCCUUACGUAUGAUCAAUGGUAUCCGG